AUGCUUGCACUCCAUCAUGAAGUUGAAUCACAAUUGAUCGCCCACUAUGAUGAGCACGCGGCGAUUCAGCGUCGACUUCAGCACACGCGAGUAUAUGGGGCCCGCUACGAGAGAAAGAGCCACAUAAUCUCGCCAGGCGGUGCUGAAACCGACCCAGAACAGGCCUCAUCUACUGAUCUUGGCAAUGAUUCAUUCCCCAUGCAGGAGCAAGGGACGGGCAAGAAAACACAACAGCUCUCCGACAUCAGCCAGUUCAUGAACCAGGAAAAUGGCCUGCUUGUAUUUCGCCGUUUUUCCGAGCUGAGUAUCCAGAACCUCGUCCACAUGCAGACCGAGAUUGCGGAAUUGGAACAUCGCGUAAAAGAACAAAGUGAUUCAGCGGGCACAAUCCCGUGGGGCAGUCCCCGAAAUCAGCUCAUGUAUACCCUUUCAGAGAAGCUUGAAAAAUACCACAAAGCCCUGUUGAUCCAGUCACAGCUGCGCAAGCUGAAACGCCCGCAAGAUGAGUUUAUCCAAAUUCUCAGCGACUGGGCAGCAGACUCUCAGCUUCUCAAUGAGGCAGAUGGCGCAUUUUUAGCCGAUCAGCCUGAAAUCCGAAGGGACUUGGUGGCGCUGGACUCCGGCGCGGAACGGAAGGGUUGGGCGUAUCGGGUAGUGGAAAGAGUGGUCUGGAGGCUGCUUGUGAAGGUAAGCUUGCCAUUUGGAAAUGACCUAAAGAGGAUAGAUGAUCUCAUGUCCGCCUCUCUGCAGGACAAAAAGCGCAGUGGGACGACCGUAUACGACCACGGAGGCACUCUAUACACGUACAAUGACGAGGCCAUCGCGACGGUCGUCCGUGUGGUGCUGACCAUCUUGACCGCCGCGCUUCUCAUUAUCCCAAUCAUUGUCUUGUACUUUUUCAGGACGGGGGCAAACGCCCUUACAGUGGUGACGGUAUGCACUGUCGCCGUGGCGGUUCUGAUUGCAUUGUCAACGGAUUGUCGGAAUCACGAAAUCCUGAUGGCAGCCGCAGCGUAA